AUGAGUGGAGAGAGCGGGGGAGAGCGGGGCGGUGGAGACGGUGGUAGGGUUUUAGAAGGAACCAUUCCUAUUGAUGGGAAGGUCAGCGGGAACCUUGAUCCAAACUUGAUAGAUGAGGCUUCGAAGGAAAAGAGUGUUAUGGAGGCUAGUGGAGAAUCUAAUUUGGACCAAAGCAAAGUGCAGGGAGGCGCCAUGGAGUUUGAAGGGCAAGGAGCAACUCAGGGCAUGGAAGAUGGGAAAAAGAAGGAAAAGGGCAAAGAAUCUUUCAAGGUUUCUUUUCGAGACAAAGUUGUAGGAGAAUCCUCGACUAGGUUCUCUCACGGAGUGGACGUUCUUGAUGAGGACAAAAUGACAACUAUUAUUGAUGGAGAGAUACCUAGUGUGAUUUUUUCGGAGGAAGCCAGAAUGAUCAUAUCUGCUCCAUACAAGGAUGCCAUUAUCAUUAAAGUCCUUGGCAAAACCUUUAGCUACUCCGCCAUUACACAUAAGUUGAGAGGAGUUUGGAGAACCAGAGGAGGAUAUGAGGUGUUAGAUGUUGGUUUUGGAUAUUUUCUCAUUAAGUUUGAUUUGCGGGAGGAUAGAGAGCUCGUGCUUCUUGAAGGGCCAUGGAUGAUCGCUGGUAAUUAUGUGGCGGUUAAGCCGUGGUGUUCGUCGUUCCGCCCAUGUGAAGACACUUUUGGUUCCACUCUAGUCUGGAUCAGAAUCACAUGCCUUAACAUAUGGUAUUAUAGUGAGAAGGCUAUCUUGAAUAUAGCUAGAUCAUUGGGGAAGCCGAUUAAGGUUGACUUAGCCACCAAAUCGGCUGAGCGUGGAAAGUAUGCACGUGUGUGCAUUCAAAUUGAUCUGGGACAGCCUGUGAAAAGAAAAAUCAUGGUAGAUGGUUUUGAGUACAACAUUGAGUAUGAGAAUUUGCAUCUCAUUUGUGGAAAAUGCAAUUGUUUUGGGCAUGUGACUCGAGAUUGUGGAGAGAUAAAAAAGAAGGUGGUUCGAGCAACACUAGAAAGCUUGAAUGUAUCACAAGAAGAAGACAGAGGAGCAAAAGUCAAAGAGCAGCCGGUAAACACCGUGGAAAGGCCACCGGAGAAGGCGAAAAAUCAGGAAUUCAAAUUUUAA